UAGUAACAGGACAGUGAUAGUGAAGAUAGAAGAAAAGUGUUUGCCCUAGCGGUCUCUUGGCGUUGUUUACAAGAACCGUGAUGGCGGACAGAAGGGUUCGGUGACCAGUGACACUCUUUCAAUUUCCUCCACUCCCAGAACUCAGAGAUUCAACAAGAAAGGGAAAAGAAGAGAGAGAGAGAGAGAGAGCAAGAGGCACACAGACAGACAGGCAGUGAGAGAGAGAGAGCGAGAGACAGACAGACAGAGAGAGAGAGAGAGAGAGAGCAAAAUGGAGGGUGAUAUGUGCCCCCUUUCUCUGUCACAGCCAGCAGCCACAGACCUGCCUGAUAUUGCUCAGUUUUUAUCUUUUUAUAUGUCUGAGGAAGAGACACUAGCUCUGCAGGAGGGACGAGUGAGCAGUGUGAUGAGCCACAGUGUAUUCACAGCCACAGAGCAGCCCACACAGCACACAGAAUUGACACCACAGCCAGCACUAGCACCACCACCGCCGCCACCACAACAGCAGCAGCAACAACAACAACAACAACAACAACAACAACAACAACAAUUGUGAUCGGAGGAGCCCAAUGGAGAAGAAAGGGAAGGAAGGAGAACAAUUCAUGACAAACAAAUAAAGUAAGGAAGGAAGGAAGGAAAGAAGGAAGGAAGGAAGAAAGAAAGGACAGUGUUGAGUCUCGCAGGUCACGCCAGCGUCUUGUAAACUGUAAAUUUGCUUGCUUCACCUGGCAAUUGUGAACCACCAAGCAAAAACCAAGCCAUCCUAUUGGUCAACAGGGGAUCACCAUCAGCCCUCCCAUUGGCCCAGAGCUUUGUGGAUUGUGAUUGGACGGCUGGCUGGCUGACCUGACCUGACCUCAACCGAGCCAACAUGAUUUACGUUUUCCUCGUUGACACUGGCACCAUGAUGACCUUUGACAUGAACCUGGCACUAGAGAGUGUUGAGGUGUUGAAGGGUGCAAUACACAAUGCUGUCAAGGUGCCCCCAGACAAACAGGUGCUGCUGGCCUCUGGGGGUGAAACACUGGACUCCUGCAAGCGGGUAUGUCAUUACUCGGCCGGCACAGACACGUCCCCCAUCUUUCUGUUCUCCAAGGUGGCCAUUGAGGGAGCGGCUCCACCAACCCCCUCUGUGCAGCCUGGCGGGGACGGCGACCUCAGGGCACAGGUGGAGGGGUGUCUCAACAUGCCAGCCACUUACAACACUGUGGUGGCGCAGACAUAGCACAGCAGUUUUACGAGCACGCUAGUGAGGUCACCAGAACGUGUCGCCAACUUGUUCAUGACCAGCAUCUGCAGCAACAAGGCUGGGCAGCAGUGGUGGCCAACCUGGAGGACAUUGUGGCAGCCUUCAGAACAAAACAUGACGCAUUCCAGCAAAAUUUUGUGGAGUAUCUCAGUGGCCGGGAGGAGAAGGUCGCCCUGCUUCAGUCUUUUGAAGAGGACCUUAAGCUACUGGCAAGGAUUCCAGUCUUCCCUGAACUCUUGGGGAAGACACAAGAGGAAGAGGAAGAGGAAGAAGCUGGGAAGAAGAGGAGGACAAGCACAGCACAGAAGAAAGAGGAGGAGGAAGAGAAGGAAGAGGAGGAGAAGGAGGAGGAGGAAGAGGAGGAAGAACAGGAGGAGGAGAAAAGAGGAGGAGAAGGAGGAGGAGGAGAAGGAGGAAAAGGAGAAAUGAGGCAAGUGUCACUGCUGGACUGGAUCAGCGCCAAGGACAGCCAAAGUGACGUCAGACAGAUUGCCCAACUCUGCUGCAGGGGACUGGCUCAGAUCAGUGAGGGGCUGCUGGAACAAGUGGGGCAAGAGGUCAGCGCUGUGCUUCGAGAGGCAGACCGGCCACAGAUGAAGGAGGUGAAGGGGCUUGGUGAGCGCCUGUGUGGCCUGGAGCAGUUCAUGCAUGAUGCUGCCUACGUGGUGCAGGAGCAGAGCAAUUUCUCACAGGCUCUGUUGAAGAACCAGGACAGGGCAGGGAAGGUGAAUGACCCAUCUAUAUUCCCUGACCUCUGCACUUCACACCGCAAGAAUUUGAUGCACAUGUUGAAAAACCAUCAAAAGCUGCAAGACAUCAAAAGGAGAUGCAUCAAGGCAAAGGAAGAGCUGUCGGAGAAUUUGUACGUUAGAUUGAAGUGGAUAAUGUAUAUAGAGAGGCGCCUGUACGAGGCGGACACGCGCGUCUCCAUGCAUCAAGAGAGUGUUCGGCGCCUGGCUGGACUCCUGCAAGUGGUGGAGCAGAUUCACCGCGCCCCGAGGGUCUAUGCCGCAGCCGUCACGGAGGUGGCUCGCCGGCACGCCUUCUCCACGGCCUUCCUGCAGUGGGCGUCUGAGCUGAGCAGCCAGAGUGGAGAGGUGUGGAGGCGCGAGGUGGAGGCAAGAAGAGGCUUUUCCCAAGACUUCUCCACCUACUUCCUAGCCUCUCUCUUUCCUGGUAUGGAAGAUCUGCCUCCUAAUUUUGCAACCUCUCUACCAUCCCAGUUUGACAUGGCUCUCCCUAAGGUUACCAAAGAAAACAUAGAUGAACUGAGAAGACUGCUGCCGGAACUUUCUCACUGUCUGGUCAUUGGUGAGGUUCUGGCGGUUCCUCCUCUGCUUCGCCAUUUCACAGCCGCCCUCAAUACACAGGAGGAGAGGAGGAGGAGGAGGAGGAGGAGGAUGAAGAAGAACGAGGAGCAGGAAGACAAGGAGCAGGAGGAGGAGGAGGAGGAGAAAGAGGAGGAGGAGGAAAAGGAAGGCUCUAGGAGAUUACAAGAAAAGACAAGCACACAAGAUUAUGAGAUAAAAGAAGAGGAGGGAGAGGAGGAGGAGGAAGAAGAAGAGGAGGAGGAGGAGGAGGAGGAGAAGAGGGGCUCUGUGAAGACCAAACAGCAUUUUACAGCUCUUCCUGACUACCCAAAGCACAUCAAGCACAGGUUGAAUUGAGUGAAGCAAGAGUGGAAGUAGAGAGGCUGAGAGACAGACUGGGACAACUUGGUGAUUUGAAGGGACAAGUGAAUGCACUGAGAGAGAAGGUGAAGGUGGAGGGCAGUUCCUACCUGUCGUAUGUGUCUCAGGUGUCGUCGUCAAUUUUGGACUUGAUCUUCCAGAUACAAGACGAGAACACAAGCAAGAGGAAGGAGGAGGAGGAAGAGGAGAGGAAGAGAUCGGACAGCCUUCACCAGCAGCUGACAGAGACCCAACACAAGCUGGCAGACACUCAACACAAGCUGGCAGACACACACAGACUGGCUGAUGUUUAUAAAGGCCAAUUGGAAGAUGCUCACAGGGAGAUUGAAAUCGUAUAUAUGGACCAAUUGCAUAGACAAGAACAAAGCCUACAGCAAGCAGCAACGGAAGCAGAGGAGGCAAGACAGAAGAUGGAGGAGGAGAGGAAGAAGGAGGUGGAGGAGGUGGAGGAAAGGUGGAGAGAGAAGAUGAAGCAAGCUACUCUAGAACAUGAACUGGAGAUGGAAGAAUUAAGACAGCAGUUAGGAACAGUGAAGGAGACACUGGUGGCCGGCCUAGAGGGAAGAGUGGAGGAGAAAGUAAGGGAGCAACUUCAGCAAGAAAAAGAAAGAAUUGUAAAGAUUUUGGAAACAAGUUUUGUAGAGAGGGAAAGAAAUGCACUGGAAAUUUUGAAGGCAGAGCUGCUGGAAAGGUUGAGGCAGGAGAAGGAGGAAGCAGUGGAAGAAGAAGGGAACAAGAUCAGAGCUGAGUGGAAGAAAGAUUUGCAUAGGAAAGAAG